AUGUGGUGUGUGAAAAGUGGCGAGUUUGAGAAAUUUUACAGCUUUUCUCUAGUUUUGUUAGGGUUUAGAAUUAGCAUCCUAACAGAAGGGCAUAGAGAAUUGUUAUUGAAAUUUAAUGCGUAUUUACCAAAUGAAUUUGCGUUUACACCUCCACCAAGAAAGCCAAAAGUCAAUCUAGAAUAUGCAAGGAAAUAUUUAAUCAAGGUGAAGACUCGAUUUCAAGAUGAUCAUGACGUUUACAAGUCGUUUCUAGCUAUAAUGAAUAUGUAUAGAAAGAAAGAAAAAAGUGGUGAAGAGAUUCAACUAAUGGUUAUUUCACUUUUUAAAGAUCAACCUGAUCUUAUAGACGGGUUUAAUGAAUUUCUUCCUUGA